AAUCCACUGCUCCUUCGUCUCUUUCACAAAUUAGCAGCGUGACUUUAUUGGCUUUAGCCUUGGCACGAGGCAUAUUGUAGUGAUUAGGAAAUCAUUUACAUCAAACUUUAUAUUACUACGCGGUCAUUCACAGAAAAGGAAAGUUGUGUGAAUCAUCGAAUUUUAAUUGAUUCAAAACGUCCUGAAACCUGCUUAAGAACAACGCACGAAACCUCUCUCACAGACAAAGUACUACCAAACAAGAUGCAUAUCUCUUUGCGCCACAUUUUGGCUUCGCUGUCUGUAGCAGCCCUCACUUCUUCCGUUGUUCAAGCUAUUCCAACAAAGAUCCAGCGAGAUUCCGAGUCCUCUUUAUUAGCCAAGCGUGCAAGUUCAAAAGAUAGCUUGACCCGCGACGACUUUCAAAAAUACGCCUCAUCAGCUAUCAACGCUCUCCAGAAAAUAUACUGGAACGCUCCGUCUGGACUCUGGGGCUCCUACGAUAAUGGCGGAAAAUUCUCCCCACAGUGGUGGCCUUCCGCCAAUGUCCUUACGAUGAUGGCCAACUACUAUGGAAAAUACCCAACCACAGCUACAUGGAUGCCAGAUGUUUUUGCAACAGUCUUGACGCAUGCUCCAGCGUAUGCAAAGGAGUUUCUUAAUGAUUACUACGAUGAUGAACUUUGGUGGGUAUUGGCUUGGAUUCAAGUUUACGAUGCAACUGGAAAUGCUACCUAUCUUGAUACCGCGGCAGCAAUUUAUGAAGAUCCUAAGAGUGUUUAUGGUAAUACUCCUUGUGGUGGCUUAUGGUGGGACAAGAAACAUGCCGGCGUUAACAGCGUAGAAAACGAACUCUACCUCACCGCUUCCGCCAAACUCGCUAACCGUCUUCCCGCUAAAAAGAACUCCCAAGGUCAAGGCUACUAUUACUCCCAGGCUCUGAUUGCUUACGACUUCCUUAUCACGAACACCACCACUUCCAUGAACCCCUCUACUCAUCUCUUCAACGACGGCAUCUCUAUGACUACAUGCAAAAACAACGGGAAAAUCAUAUUCACCUACAACCAAGGCAUCAUCCUAUCCGGUCUCACCGAGCUCACCUGGAGCACAAGAAGUCAUUCCUACACUGCUCUCGCGGUCCAAAUCGCUAACUCAGUCAUCGCAAACAUGACGACCUCUGAGGGAAUCCUGCAGGAAAAAGCCUGCGAGCCCAACGCCUGUGACGGAGACGAACAACAAUUCAAAGGCGUCUUUACACGCAAUCUCGCAUUCAUGGUCAAUAGAGCUACCGGCAUUGACGCAGAUGUCCUCACCAAGUAUCGAGCUUUCCUGGCGCUCAAUGCAGAGAGUAUCAUUCGCAAAGAUACAAGUAGUGAUAAUAUGCUCGGAUUGGUGUGGAGUGGCGCUACCAAACCGGUGUAUAGUGUGCAGAGUGAUGGGAGCGCUUUGGAUACACUUGUGGGUGCGGCGAUUACGGCUUUGGAUUAGGGAUGAGAUGAGAUGAGUUGACGACUUGUGAUGGGAUGGGAUGGGAAUGAAAGGGAAGGAAGAUUAUGAAGACAUGAUAGGGGAAGUAAUGAUGUACCCAUUCCCCAAACGCCUUUUAUUACUGAGGCAAAUUUCCCACCGGAAACUUGCACAUUUAUUUUAUUGCUAUGGAAGCAAGCAAAGCGUGGAGUUUUUUUCUUCUUUUCAGCGGGGGCUCAAUAGAUACCACUUUGCAUUUGUAUUAUUGAUUUAUUUAUUCAUCUCACUGGCGUUUGGGGUACGGGCUGGAAAAUACAUUUUUCUGAGCAUUUGAGAUGGAUUUUAUUUUACGGAGGAAUGAUGAUAAUGAUGAUCAUUUAGUCUAGGACUGAGUUGUUCAUCAUUAUAUCUUCGGGUUUGCAUAUCUGGUUACAGACGGGACUGUGGAAAAGUUCCUCGCUGGAUGGAACUUGGGUAGUACACAGGGAAUAUCUGCACAUGCAUAGGUACAUACAAUAUAGCAUAAUUUACACCUUACCUUGCAU